UAAGCACGCCGGUAUCUUCAUUGACAUUAUGCACGAAAACACAGAAUUUCUCGUUUAAAAUGCCGGUGAUAAAUAGCUGUAAUUUAACAAACGCUAAUAUUUCUUUCGCGCGCAACUGUUCACCGGCGAUUAAUGUCACCGUUCCCGCGAUUAUUUCAACAUGGUAUUUCCCAGCGGUAUCCCGCGUGAUUCUCUGCAUCCUCCAACUAACGCUAAACAUCGCUAUGCUGUCAGCAUUCAUCAUCCGCAAAGACCUCCGCACUUCCUUCACCGUGUACAUAAUUUUCUUACUAUCCAGCAACGUUUUUUACGCUUUAUGCGAGCAUCCUCUGGAGAUCAUUCGCAUCAGCUAUUCCGCGUGGUGGCUGCCAUCCGGCGCGUGUUCCUUAUACCUAUAUUUACUGUGGGUGUCCUGCGCCGUCCCCAUGCACACGCACGUGCUCAUCACCAUUAACCGCAUUUGGGCCAUCGCCUUCCCGCAUUCCUACCGGCAACAUCAUUCUUCUAAGGUGGCCUGUUUAAUGUGUCUGGGGAAUGUUGUUUACGUGCAUGUGGUGUGUUUACCGCUGGUGAUGCUGGAUCAGCUGCGGUAUGCGGUCAAUGCGGAAAAGUACGGCUGCUCGCUGAAUUUCGAUGUCAGCCAGGUGAACGACUACGCCAGCACGGUGCAGUUUAUUGUGUACGAUGGACCGAUUGUGUUUGUGGUGUUGGCCUAUCCGUUUCUGUAUUAUAAACAAACGCAGCGGCGGAAGAUUGGGAGUAGUUGGAGUAGUGGGCGGCCCAGUGUGUCGCAUCGCCGGGAGAGCACGAAUCCCGGGGAUGACGAGGAGUUGGGGGAAGUUGGGCAGAAAAAGACUCAGAUAACGAAGACGAUUACGACCGGCAAGGAAGCCUCGCGGCCCUUCGUCGUGCUAACGUUGUUGACAAUUAGCGUGUUCAUUUGCUGGACUCCGGUGAUGACCUUUUGGACCAUUACCUGCUUCGUCUCCCUGGAUUCAGAUAUGACAGUGUUUAGAAAUUUUGCCGUUGUGCUGUUCGCUUUACAACCUGUGCUGGAUCCGAUCCUGUUUGCUGUUAGUUUGCAAAGUUUUCGCACGAUCGUUGUUCGCGGGUUGAGCAAACUGACGAAGUGUUGAUAGCGCAAACGAUCUACAAAAUUGUGGGCAACGAAAUCAAAG